AUGCACUGCAGCUUACCAAAAACGGGAGAAUUUCAAUCCCUUGAAGCAGUGGAUGAAGAAGUCGAAAAUAUGCCAGUGUUUGUAUCUCCAAUACCAAUCCACCCAAUCUCCACCCUCGCCAGGGUUUCAACAGUAGGUGAGCAACUUGCCUCAACGGAUCCAGAGGCACUACUUCCCGCAUGGAAGCGGCAGCUGCGGCGUUCAAAGUCAAACGAAUCAAGAAAACGAAUCCUACACUUUCUCAUCCCUGGAGUCAACAGGAAUGCCACCUCGGGACAAUUGGAUUCAAAUGAUGUCGAUGGCCAUUGGAUGACCCAGAGCGCUAACAACUCUUGUAAACUGAACCGUGCUGACGAUGCUGCAAGCGCAGCAGCUCUAGCGGCAGCUGUUGCUGCCACUGCAUCACCGAGAAUGAACGAUGCAACCCACGCAUUGCUUCAUACGGUGGCUGGGGCAGCUGGGGCCGUCGUAGCCAUGGCUGUAGUUUACCCUCUUGACUCGCUACGUACCAUCCAGUCCGUCCAAGGUGGAUCCGCCUGGGACGUUACAAAGCUUCACCUGCGUCACGGCGGUUGGAAGCGGUUAUACCGGGGGAUGAAGGCAGCUCUUGCAGGUGUUAUUUUUAGCUGGGGCACGUAUUUUUUCGUCUACACCCUCGCAAAACAAAAGGAUAAGAACCGAGGUCCAAAAGCCAAGACGGGCACAAAUCUUCCCAUGGCGAUCGGUGCCGGAAUUUGCUCCACUGUCAUAAGCAAUCCCUGGCUGCGUUCUCUUGCAGUUUGGGUGGCCAAUACUCGCCUUAAGGUAGACUUCUCCGCAAAUUCCAAACAGCAGGGCAUCUUCAAGAUGCUGAUAGAGAUACUGCGCAAGGAAGGAUUUCGUGGAUGGCUUGCGGGGAUUGUGCCGGCCCUAGUUCUGGUGUUAAAUCCUGCCAUUCAAUUCACGCUAUACGACCACUUGCGAGCUAAACUGAUGCAGCUAAAACAGAGAUGGCGAACCGCCUCCCGAGAGCCAUCCUCGAAUUCACUCAGCAGCCAGCACAGCAGCACAGGAUCCCUUGUUUCCGAUAGGAUGCUGCGAAUCCGCGUUACACCGGCUGAAUCGUUCCUCAUGGGACUAGCCGCAAAGCUGGCGGCGACUCUAGUAACUUACCCAUAUCUGGUUGUCAAGACGCGAGCACAAAGCAAAGUAUAUAACGUUAAGGACUACUCAUCCAGCGUGCGGAGUCUUAUCAUGAUCCUCGAGACGGAAGGGCUGUCAGGCCUCUUUGCUGGCCUGCCUUCGAAGCUAACGGCCACCUUGUUGUCAUCGGCGAUAAUGUUCACAGUGUAUGAGCAACUACUCCCCCUAGUUGUUCUAUUGUUUAGGUCGCUUAGGGUACCCACCUAUCGUAAGAGAGAUGUCAUCACACAGUCGGACUAA